ACCCCUCUCCACCUCCGACGACCACCACCACCAUGGCGGCCGCCUCCCUCGCGCGUCUCUCCCGCCGCGCCACCGCCUCCGCCUCCGCGGCGGCGCCGUCCCUCCGGCGCCUCCUCUCGGCCACCUCCACCGCCCCCGCCGCGGCAUCCGCCCCGCCGCCGCCCCCGAGCGCGGCCGCCGCCGCGGCCGUGGGCGCGGAUCGGGUGCGGUGGGACUACCGCGGGCAGCGGCAGCUCGUGCCGCUGGGACAGUGGAUGCCCAAGGUGGCCGUGGACGCGUACGUCGCCCCUGAGGCCGUGCUCGCCGGCCAGGUCACCGUCCACGACGGCGCCUCCGUCUGGAGCGGCGCCGUCCUGCGGGGGGAUCUCAACAAGAUCACGCUCGGCUUCUGCGCCAACGUCCAGGAGCGAUGCGUCCUCCAUGCCGCAUGGGCGGCGCCCACAGGGCUUCCAGCUGAGACACUUGUUGACCGGUACGUGACAGUGGGUGCCUACUGUCUGCUGCGCUCUUGCACCAUCGAGCCCGAGUGCAUCAUUGGCCAGCACUCUAUCCUCAUGGAAGGUUCGCUGGUUGAGACCAACUCAAUCCUUGAAGCUGGCUCUGUAUUGCCCCCAGGAAGGCGGAUUCCGACCGGUGAACUCUGGGCUGGAAGCCCGGCUAGGUUUGUUCGGAAGCUGACCAAUGAGGAGAUCAUGGAGAUUCCAAAGCUCGCAACUGCCAUCAACGAUCUGAUGCAAAGCCAUUUCUCAGAGUUCCUGCCUUACUCUAACGCUUAUUUGGAGGUAGAGAAGUUGAAGAAGUCGUUCUCGAUCCCCCUGUAAGAGUAUGUUGCCACCCUCGUCCAGCUGAGUGAAUGAGGAAAUAAAGGUUCCCCAAUACUAGAUGUUUUUGUAUUGAAUCAAACUUCUACUCUGGGUUUGAUCUUUUAUGCCGCAAUUUUUUUUUGGGGUUCAUUGUUGUUGUGAGCAUGGGGACACAUGCAGGAAUCAUGUCUGAGUAUCUUUUACACAACCCAAUGAACUGUCUAUUUUUUUUCAUUGUCUGUUGAAUUCAA